AUGAAUAAUGCGGUGAUACUUUUAGUGAUCAGAGCCAAUAGUGAUAGUGAUAAAAUUCGAAUGAUAAUAACCGACUGGUCAAGUUCUUUUGCGGUUGUUUCGCGAGACGAGUACUCCGAUUCGGAUGGAUCAGACGACGACGAGCCGAUACCGGAGCCGAUUAUCACACAUAAAGAUGAUGAAUUCGAAGGUUACAUUUUCGAUUUUUGUGCUUCAAAUCGCUUAACACUUCAUAAUUUGUAA